GUGAGCAUUUAAAGGCAAGGGUUUGCAGAUUCUCAGGGUGUGUAUCAUCUUCUUCUCGAAUUUAUGGUGUUUGCAAAGUUCCAGCGUCAGAUGAGAAUCUAAUCGCAGAGGCGGACAGGUGUGUGUGGCCGCAGGGAACCUUUCGACAGUGCCGCGAACGCUCAGGAUGUCUAACUCCACCAUCAGCUUCUACGCCGUGUCGCAGUCUUUCAGCUUCUCAGACAUCAUUGUCAUUGCGACCUACUUUUUUCUCAACCUCGCUGUUGGCAUCUGGUCCUCAUGCAGGGUGAGCAGAAACACACUGAGUGGAUAUUUCUUGGCUGGGAGGGACAUGGCCUGGUUGCCGAUUGGAUCGUCUCUCUUUGCCAGUUCAGAGGGCUCGGGUCUGUUCAUCGGUCUGGCAGGGACGGGAGCUGCCGGAGGCAUCGCUGUCACCGGCUUUGAAUGGAAUGCCACCUAUGCGUUGCUUGCUCUAGCCUGGGUAUUUGUGCCUGUCUACAUCUCCUCAGGGAUCGUGACCAUGCCAGAGUAUCUGGGACGCCGUUUUGGAGGAGAGAGGAUCAGAACCUACCUGGCUGUCCUCUCGCUGAUGUUGUCCGUCUUCACAAAGAUUUCAACUGACCUGUACUCUGGAGCCUUGUUUGUUCAGGUGUGUCUCGGAUGGAACCUGUACCUGUCUACCGUCCUCAUGCUGGUGGUCACUGCGCUCUACACCAUUGCAGGUGGUCUCGCUGCUGUCAUUUACACAGACACCCUCCAGACGUUUAUCAUGCUCGUUGGUGCAAUUAUCCUAACAGUUACUGCUUUCAAUGAGAUUGGUGGCUACAGCCAGCUGGCCGAGCGGUACAGCAGAGCGAUACCCAGUAAAAUUAUUCCCAACAGUACCUGCCACCUGCCACGGCAGGACGCCAUGCACCUGUUCAGAGACGCCGUCACCGGAGACCUUCCCUGGCCCGGGAUGACUCUGGGGCUCACCAUACUGGCCACAUGGUACUGGUGUACCGACCAGGUUAUCGUACAAAGGUCCCUAUCUGCUAAGAACAUGAGUCAUGUGAAAGGAGCCUCCAUCUUUGCUGCCUAUCUAAAGAUGUUGUCCUUUAUCUUCAUCAUCCUCCCUGGCAUGAUCAGUCGAGCUCUCUACCCCGACUCUGUAGGCUGUGUGGAUCCAGAGGAGUGUGUGCGAGUGUGUGGAGCUGAGGUUGGAUGCUCCAACAUUGCUUUCCCCAAGCUGGUCAUUGAACUCAUGCCAAGCGGCCUUCGGGGACUUAUGAUAGCUGUGAUGAUGGCCGCUCUGAUGUCUUCGCUGACGUCCAUCUUCAACAGCAGCUCCACGCUCUUUACCAUGGACAUCUGGAAGAAGCACCGGCCACGAGCCUCUGAGAGGGAGCUGCUGCUGGUUGGCAGGAUUGUGACCGUGAUUUUGGUGGUGGUGAGCGUGGUCUGGAUCCCCAUCCUCCAGUCAGCCAACAGCGGGCAGCUGUACGUUUACAUCCAGUCGGUGACGAGCUGCCUCGCUCCACCCGUCACUGCUGUUUUCACUCUGGCCAUCUUCUGGAAGAGGACCAAUGAGCAGGGCGCCUUCUGGGGUCUGAUGGUGGGUUUGGUGGUCGGCGUGUGCAGGAUGGUGCUGGAGUUUGCCUUCCCUCCUUCCAGAUGUGGCGUUGAGGAUUCGGCACCUGCGGUGCUACGUGGUGUCCACUACCUCCACUUCGCCAUUCUGCUCUGUGGGCUCACGGCAAUUGUAGUUGCCGUUGUAUCGCUGCUUACACCACCGCCCACUCACGAACAGGUGUGUAACCUGACCUGGUGGACAAUAACUGAAGAGCCAAAAAGAGACAUUCCUCUGCAAAAAGUGUCCUCCAUCAGCCACCGUAGCUCCCAGGACUCUGAACCAACACGGCGGGUGACGACAUGUGGUCAGAGGGCAGGAUUGUGUAUCUCAGCAGUACGGCGAUCAGAGGAGACUCCAGCUCCCAGAGUCCCCAGCAUUCGAGAGAGCGUGUUGUGGUCGAGGUUCUGCUGUUUCAACGCUCUCCUGCUGGUCAGCAUUAACAUUUUUCUCUAUGCAUACUUUGCCUGAGGUGAGGUCAGAUUUAACAUCUGGCCUCAGCUGAACUGUAGUCCCUCCAACACGAGCUGGAACGUGAUCCCUCUAGAUCCAAGAAUGUGAAGAAACAAACAGGUUUUUGCUCAGAUUUCACUCGAAUCAUUAAGACAUCGACUCACAGUGUAAAGCCGGUAGAUGCCGGAGGACAGCACAGCACACAUAUGUAUUAAAACAGUUAAAUUUAGAUAAUAAUCAUUAUAACAAUAAUGGGCAAAUGCCAUGGAGAUAAAAUGUUGAAGUGUGUGGAUUAUAACAAACCAACAUAAAUAAAAGGACAUCAAACAUCACCUUUAAUUUAAAGCUUCACAAUAUGCAGUGAGAGCACAUCAGUGUGGUUCAGGCUCUGCGUGUGACAUAAUAUUGUUGCCUAGAAACGACAUGCUCAGUGUUGAUUAUUUAGUUAUGUUUAGAGCUUUGUGUGAAUGUUUGCACUAAAUGUUCUUUUGAUUUAUCCUUUU